GUGGAAACGAGUCAAAAUGGCGAUUUACAUUGAUGUUCAACUCACCGUAAAGCUCUCAAGUUUUAUACUGUUAAUGUUUGAAGUGUGAGACGUGAACAUUCUCACAAUGGCUGAAACAAAAUCAAUGAGAGUUGUCCCAAGUGGCAAGAUUUACCGACAGAUGUUUGAAGCACAGGUUCAACUAAAUCGUAGCCUGACAAAGAUCCAGCGAGAUUCCACCACUGUUACAAAGUCCUCCCAGCUGGGUGCAAGUGUUCCGGUUGUUCAUCUGACAAAGGAUGACAUUGAACAUGGGCUCCUGGAUGAAAGGCAGCGUACCUGGGCUGAUGGCUUCCCAAAUGAUCCCUUCACUGAGAACCCUGUGGCCUACAAGCAGUAUGCUGAGUACAUUGGUUCCCAGAUGAAGGAACCAGUAAGCUCCAUUGAGGGCAGGGAAGUGAGAGGACUGCCUGAUGUUGUUGUGGCUGCCAAGGACAAGUCAAAUAUAAUUGAGCGUUUUAUAGCGGCCAGCCGUAAGGAGAGACAUGAGUCUACCGUGGAUGAGAUGCAACAGGAGUUGAGUCUGAUCAACGCUCUGAUCGUUGGCACCCACUAUGCAGUGCUCUUGCUUAAGAGAUGGAGCCCCGCAUUUUCUGAGGCCUGUUCUGGUCUCCUGCAAAGACUUGAGGAAGAUGAUAAGGAGAUAGCAAGGAAACUUGCCCGCAUAGAGACAGAUAAGGUUGGUUGA